UGCAGCUCCGCCCCCUCCAGCUACUUUCCACUCCGCUCCUCCCUUGGUCGACAGCCGCGCUUUCCCGCUCGCGUCGCAGCCUCUGGUGCCACCGCCGCCUCCGCCAUGCCCAACAUCGUGCUCUUCAGCGGCAGCUCGCACCAGGACCUGUCCCAGCGCGUGGCCGACCGCCUGGGCCUGGAGCUGGGCAAGGUGGUCACUAAGAAGUUCAGCAACCAGGAGACCAGCGUCGAGAUCGGUGAGAGCGUGAGGGGCGAAGAUGUCUACAUCAUCCAGAGUGGCUGUGGAGAAAUCAACGACAACCUCAUGGAGCUUCUCAUCAUGAUCAACGCUUGUAAGAUCGCGUCAUCUUCCAGGGUGACUGCCGUGAUCCCGUGUUUUCCGUAUGCUCGACAAGACAAAAAGGACAAGAGCCGUGCUCCGAUUUCUGCGAAACUUGUGGCCAAUAUGCUGUCAGUGGCUGGGGCGGAUCACAUCAUCACCAUGGACCUGCACGCCUCUCAGAUCCAGGGAUUCUUUGACAUCCCCGUGGAUAAUUUGUACGCGGAGCCCGCGGUCCUGCAGUGGAUCCGGGAGAACAUCGCCGAGUGGAAGAACUGUAUCAUAGUUUCACCUGACGCCGGGGGAGCCAAAAGGGUCACCUCAAUUGCGGACAGGCUGAAUGUGGAAUUUGCCCUGAUUCACAAAGAGAGGAAGAAAGCAAACGAAGUGGACCGGAUGGUUCUGGUGGGCGACGUGAAGGACCGCGUGGCCAUCCUCGUGGACGACAUGGCGGACACGUGUGGCACCAUCUGCCACGCUGCGGACAAGCUACUCUCAGCUGGAGCCACCAAAGUUUAUGCUAUCCUGACGCACGGGAUCUUCUCUGGGCCAGCUAUUUCCAGAAUAAAUAAUGCCGCCUUUGAAGCUGUUGUGGUCACAAACACCAUUCCGCAAGAGGACAAAAUGAGACACUGUCCCAAGAUUCAGGUUAUUGAUAUCUCGAUGAUCUUGGCAGAGGCGAUCCGAAGAACACACAACGGUGAAUCUGUGUCUUACCUGUUCAGCCACGUCCCGCUAUAGAUCCCGGACGUGGGGUACGGAGCAGGCCUGUUCUGGCUGCUGGCUUGUAUGCAUUUGUCUCUUAGUUUUAGGACUCAGCAAUUAUAGGCUAAUGCAAAAAGCAUUCGAUCUUUGUAUACCGCAGGAGCCAUGGUUUUUCUCCUCCUCAAGCUCAAGACCAUUUAUUUCCAGUUUGGGAUGAGGGUGGUGGUUAUUUCAUCUUGUUAAGUGAACUGUCGUUAAUGAGCUAUGUUUUGUCAUCCCGACCUGUUCUAGUAGGUGACCUUUUUCUUUGUUUUUGUUUUUUUUUUCAGUAUUUUGAGGCCACAACUCAAAAUAUAUAUAAUUCCACUGUGUAAGUUCAUAGUUUAUAUAUUUUGAGGUUGCCAAAGGUGACUUCAGAUUAAAGCCUUCUGUGUAAAUAAUGAUAAUGCCUAUGGACAUUUGGGUAAAACCCUGUAUACAGAAUUAGCCUUUUACUUCGGAGUGAAUCUUAGAAAAUUUAUAAUACACUGAAUUUUGAUUUUUUUUUUUUUUUUAAGUAACCAGAUGUCACAUGAACCAUUGUGGUUAUUGUGCUUAAUUUGACCAAAUUUUAUGUGGCUUAAGAUGGCCACGGACACGUUUACCUUCUGAUAAACGUUAGCCGUAUCAGAGGCAAUGUAGUUUGGUAUCUUUUUUGUUAUUGCCACUUCUGAAUAACAUGGUAUAACUAUCACUUACCUGCAGUGUCACGUUCUGAAAUUGCAAAAUUUGUGUUUGGCAACAGAUCUGAUUGAGAAAGUGUCGAGAUAGACCCUGUGGGCUGACUGGUGGCCCUCGCGCUGUGCUCUGGCCAUCCCAGGGGGACAGCUCUUUGAGCGGCUCCUGUCCCGCCGUCUUAUUUUACGGCCUGUUUUUAGCUCUAGCUUUCACGUUGCCUUUUUUGCGAGAAUUUCAUGUUGUGGGGUUCCACCAAAGCACAGCCUCCCCUAAGCCCCCUCAAACGCACUCGUCUGAUUGUUAUUUUGUUUUUAACAUAAUAAAAAGGUGAAUUUUUGUGACAGCCACCAAAUGAGUAGUUGAACAUUCCAUCCUUCAUUUGAAUUUCAUAUGCCUUUGCCUCAAAAGUAGCAAGUCUCCUAGUCAACUGAUUAUUUUAACUAAAACUGUUAAAUGAAAAAUGUGGGUAAGGCUGACGACAAAAAGCACAAAUAAGUAAGCAUUAAUUGCUCUAUUAAGAUCACGUCAACACGGUGGCAGAUGCCUCGCAGAGGAUGUUGUGACUUUUGUUAGAUGCACCUUGGUGCACAACCACCUGAAUUUUUCAGCCCCGAAAGAGGAGAAUCUGCCUCAGAGACAAAGCCCUGGUUAUAGUAACAGUCUCUCCCUCUGCUCAAUCUCAAAACUCAAAGAGAGGAGACCCUCUGCUCUAAAUUCUGCAGGUGAGAAAAUCUAAUCUUUAAGUCAUUAAGAGACUUGAACCACAGUCUUUAAGCUUUCAGACUUCACUGCAGCAGAGGUCGAGAUUUAAAAGGAUCAUUUCGGUCAUUGCAUUGUGCUGUACCUUAAAAUGGCUUCUGAGAAAACAGUGGUAUUACAGCCUGUUAGCAUCAGCCCUACGAUAUGGACUGGCUCUAUCUAGGAAGAGUUGACUGGAGAUCUGGAAAGAGCCUAUUUCGAUGUAUGUGAUUUUUAGUUUCAAUAAAUGAGUGCUAUCUCUUUCUGGGAAUUUCCUACGCACAGGCAACUGAAAAUGUAGCCACGAGUGCACGUGGGUAGACGGCCUUGGGAUACUAGUGUAGACGUGUUGACGUGACUGCAGAAAGUUGAUUUAAAGGUAAUCAUUUCAUCUUAAGAUGGACUCUAAGAUCUAGAGCUAGUUUUAAAAUCUUCACAUAAAAAAAAAUCUGCAUGGUCAUUAUCAUGAACUGUUUGUUUCUCUCAUUUAGCCUCACUUUUUGUUUUCAAGUACUUCUGGUACAUUAACUGAUUAGGCUAGACUUGGCCACACACAGUGGCAAUGUAGUCCUUAACUGUUUGAUGGUUUCACUUCAAGAAGGAUGACGAAGGUGACCUCAGGAGUGGCCUGAUCCCAGAACUUGGGUAUCCCCUGCUGCUUGCCUGGAAACAUCGAAGUGAUCAUGAAUUGAAGUGAUGAUGAAUUGAAGUGAUGGAUGAAUUGAAGUGAUGAAUGAAUGAGCCCAGUAGAUUGGUUCUGUCCAACUCUGCUGAACGGGGCUGGACUCCCAUAUAUCCAGCCAAAAGGGGAGUCAGAGAAAUACAGAAAUACCAAAGCUGCUCAUCUUCCAACUUAAAUUACAUUAAUCAGCUUACAGAUGCUCGUAUUAGAACUUGCCUCUGUUAGAUGUCAACUAGAUUCAAGAAAAUAUAAUUUGCAGUUCUUGUAUUUUUUUAGAAUAUAGGGUUUUAAGAUUGUCCCAACACUGUACUAAACCACAUCAAUAAAAUCAUGCUACUACUUUC